AUGGCGGCCAAAACCCUAAUCAGGUCAGGAGCUUCGCUAAUGAAUCGGUUUUUAUCGAAGCCGACGACGACGACCAACCUCGUGCAGAACAAUCUCAGAUCGUUUCAGCAGAUAGCUCCUCCUCAGAGACAAGAACUCCCGCCGUGUUUUUUCCCGUCGUUGACGAAUCUACAGAACUCUCUCAGUUCGCGCCCUAGUGACACUGUUACGCUUCAGGAGCUUACAGAACGUGGGUUUCUUCACCCAUCUGGUCUUCCUUCGCUCGAGUUCUUCUUACCAGAAGUCGAUCCAUCAAGUGAGCCAUUGCUUUUAUUUCCCAAGAGGACAUUCCAGCCUAGUACUAUCAGGCGCAAACGGAACCAUGGAUUCUUUGCUCGAAAAGCAACCAAAGGUGGACGGAGAGUCAUAGCUCGGAGAAUAGCCAAAGGGCGUCACAGAGUCACUGCCUAGAAUCUCAUUAUACUUUUUUUAUGAAUCUCUGGUUUAUCAGAUAGGCCGGAUAAGUAUCUUCCGUGUGUCUUUCCAGGCUAGAUAAUCUGAAACUUCGAUCUUAUAAAUAACUUGGAUGUACUAAUAAUAUCCAUGUUUUGAUUUGUUGUUGAAUCUAGGAGUCGAAUUGGAAGUUACAGAUCUCAGCAUCUUUUGUUUUUCAACAACUUUUUAAUGGUUACUUUACAUCAAUGAAUACUUUUUCUACAUGAUGCUUAGUUACAUAUAUCCUCCACACAUACGUGUUUGUAUGUGUUCAUUAGUUGUGUAUAAGGAC